UUUAUAAUGGAAGCAAGACCCCGACUUCUUGGAAAAUUCGAGCCAGAGGGGGAUUCUCUGGACCUGAAAUAACUGGGAAAAAAAAGGAAAGGAAAAGGAGAAAAACGCAAUUGCUCUGUCCUUUCUCUCAACUUGAUCUUCUAUCCUCCAUUAUUGUUCUCUUUCCCCUCUCUGCAACCAGUAUUUCAAAAGCCCUGGGGUUCGAGUUCUUGUAGCUCUAGGCUUUCGUUUUUGGUCAAUGGAUGUUCAGUUGGUGAACAAGGCGUUGACUUUUUCUCGAAGGAAGAAGAAAUGGCUUAUUUUGUUAGCUAUUUGUGGAGUCUCUGGUUAUGGGGUCUACAAGGUGUAUAAUUUACCCUCUGUGGUGAAGAAAAGGAACAGGUUUUUGAAGAUCUUUGGAGCUCUAAUUUCGUUAGCUGAAUUGGUCUCUGAUUCCGCGGAGACGAUUAAUGUUGUCGCCAAGGACUUGAGAGAGUUUUUGCAAUCUGAUUCUGAUCAAGUUCCUAAUAGUUUGAAGCAAAUUUCAAAGAUCGUUAGAUCAGAGGAUUUUUCCCAAUCGUUAAUUAGGGUUACUGAGGCUUUAACAGUUGGGGUUUUAAGAGGGUAUAAGUCCAAAUCAGGGGAUGAGAAUGAAUUGGCAACGGGUUCGGUGAAUUCCAGCUUUACUGAUAGGGUAAUGGAUAGAGUUUUCUCUAAUGCUGGGACUGGUUUUGUAUCUGUUGUGGUUGGUAGCUUUGCUAGGAAUUUGGUUCUGGGGUUUUACUCCAAUGGUGGAGAAACUGAUGGGUUGAGUGGGAAUGGUGGGUCAUCUGAAGUGCCCAAAUGGGUUAAUGUGCUUUAUGAUGAUAAGUGCAAAGAGUUAAUGGCUGAAUGCAUACAAAGAUUUGUAAGCACAGCUGUUGCGGUUUAUCUUGACAAGACAAUGGAUAUUAAUACGUAUGAUGAAAUUUUUGCUGGGCUAACCAAUCCAAAGCAUCAAAAUGAUGUGAGAGACAUUUUGGUGUCUGUUUGUAAUGGCGCUGUGGCAACGCUGGUGAGGACGUCACAUCAAGUGUUGACAAGUUCAAACUCGAAUUCUCAGUCACGUGUGGAUUCUACUUGUUCGAAUAUUGAUCAGAGUGAGGCAGCUGGCGGAAUGAGAGAUGGCUGUUUUGAGAAGGAAGUACCUUUAACAGGGGUGCAAGAGGGGAGCUCAUUAGAUGGGAUUCGGAAUGGUGGUUGGGUUGAAAAGGUCUCAUCAACAUUGGCAGUUCCUAGCAAUAGGAAGUUUGUGCUUGAUGUGACUGGGAGGGUGACCUUUGAAACAAUAAGGUCUAUAGUGGAGUUUCUGUUAUGGAAGCUUUCAGAAGGUGUUAAAACAAGCAUACAUGUUGUCCAUGAGGAGGUUGUGGAAAGGGGACUGGAUGUUAUCAGAUAUAUUGGUGCAAAGUCUUCCGUUAUUGUUACCAUUUGUCUUGCUCUGUACUUACAUAUCCUGGGUGGUAGUAGGGUUCUCUUACCUGCUUGAAUGAGUUUGUUCUGUCUUUUCAUGGGAAUCCAAUGAAAUCUUACUGAAGUUGCUUAUUUCAGAAGGCCCUGUUUGUAUCUCUCUCUCUCUUGCAAAUAAAAUGUAUAACUAAGGUAGUGUAGUUCAUUUUUAUUAUUAGUUUUAGCUUUAGGAAACACUUAGCUUCCUCCAUAUUUAGCAGCAUUAUUCAAAUGUAUAGUCAAUAUUCUCACUGCUAUAUACCACAAUUAGUGGUAUUUGUUGUUACACAAAAAUCAAUCCCUGCAAGAUGCAGAUUGUAUUAGCGAUUUAGCAACCAAAGGAACAUAGAAUAUUCACAUUAAUGUGGUUUGGGAUUACGAAUUCCAAUAUUUGUAUCAAUUUCUUGGCCAUUGUUAAUAACAGCUUGUAUCAUUCAGCAUCA